AUGAGAUCUUCACUUAUACGCUUAGCAAGUGCUUCUCCUCCUCUACCACUAACGGUGCAACAAGCAUCUAUACAACUGAUUCCUCCUAUUCCGCUUUAUAGAAGAUUACUCAGAGCUCAUCGCUAUCUACCACUCGAAAUGAGAUUUAUGGGUGAUUCAUACAUAAAAUCAGAAUUCCGAUUAACUCGAUCAACAGAUAAUCCAUUACAUAUAAUAGCUUUUUUAUCACAAUGGAAAUUAUAUCUGGAUGAACUGCAAGCUUCGACGAUAGAUAGUCAAGGUGUAUGGAGGGGUAGAAGAUUAGAUACUGAUUCGUUUGAAAAAUUGAGUAAAGAACAAGUUGGUCAAUUGUAUGAAUUAAUGCAUGCUACAAAAGAAGUUUGGAAAUCAACGGAUCAAUUGGAACAGGAGGCUCAGGAAGCAGGAGCCGUGGGACCGUUGGAAGGUAAAAAAACAAGUUAG